AUGAUAACAUAUUCAUAUUUAAUUGAAAAAAGGUUGAAUAUUUUAAAAUAAUUAACUUAUAAUCACUAAGUGAUAGGGAGAACACUAAAAUAGAAUUAAUUCAAAUAUAUAAAAAACUAAUAAUAAAUUCAAAUAAUUUAUAUUAAAAAACUUUUGAUAGAUAAAUCUAAUUUAUCAAAUUUCAAUUAACAAAAAUUUAUUUUAGAUUUUGUUCAACAUUUAAACUUUUGUCAAAAUUUUUCAAUUAUAAAAUUAUUAUAACUUCAUAUUACCAGCUUAAUUCAAUAAUAUAUUAAGCUUAAAUUAAAUAAUUCAUAUAAAUAUAUAUAUGUAUAAAUCAAAAUAAUAUUAUAUAUUUUUCCAAAAAUCGGUUUAAAUUAUUUGGUGUAAUAAAAAGUUUUUGGAAAAAUAAUUCAAAAUCUUGACUACAUUAAAAAAAAAAGCGCCGUUGAUAAAGAUAAACAAUAGAAUGAAUUUGAAAAAAUCUCUGAAAAAUUUAAUGAAAAAUUUUUAAACUAAAUGAAGUUAGACGGUGAAAUUGUUGACAUCGGAUAAAAAAUAAUAGAUUCUCUGGAAGAUAUUGAAAAUAAAUCCAAGAGAAUAAAUUUAGAAGAUCUGACUCUUCUCUAAUAUAUGUUUCACUCCACAUAUUCUGUUUUUCUUCAGGCCAAUGUUUGUUAUAGUUAUUCAGAGGGCUAGAUUUAAAAAAGAUCAUAUUAUAUAGCAUUUUUAAUAGGAUACGCAUUCCAUUUUUCAUAAAAAUUGCAAUAAAUAGAAGAAUUGAUUAAAACAGGAAGAAGAUCUGAAACAUCAUAAUAAGAAUCUGAUUAGGAAUAAAAAUCGAAGAAUACAUACUUCAAAAAUAUGCAUAGAUAUAUUUAUGAUUAGAAUAUUCAUCAUAAGAAAGUAUAAAAUAAUCUUUAAUAUGAAAUGAUGGCUAAUGAACAGCUAUUUUAAUAUUUAAACGAAUUAUAAUAAUAAUAUCAAUAAUAAGAUGAAAAUAAUAUAUAGAUAAAGAUGAAAACUUAAAUAGAUUACUACUUAUUAGGGAUAAAUAUAUUAUUUUAAUAAUCAGAUUCAAUAAAUUAAAUGAAAUUGAACAGAAAUGUCUAAUUUAAACGCAUAUUUUAAGAAAUAAUUUAUUUAUAGUAUUAUUUGGGAAAUGCAAUCCAUUAUCUAAAUAUUAAGUAUUUAGAGAAAGAUGGUUUUUUUAUUAAAUUUUAAAAUGAAAUGUAAAAUUUACAAAAUUAAGAUCGCUUUAAUUUUUUGGAAGUUUUUGAAAGAUAAUAAAAAAACACUGGAAUUUUUAUUGAUAUAAUUUAUGAUGAAAAAACUAAAAAAACUUAAAUACUACCUGUCAUUGUUCCCUAUAUAAGAAUUGGUGAAUAAGAUGAAGAUUGUAUGUAGUCAUAAAACACUAAUUAAGAUUAAAAUUAAGAAUCUGAAAAAAAAUUCAAUAUGAUUUUUUUCUAAAAAUUUUACAAAGAAGAAUAAUAAGGAAACAAAAAAUAUUCCAAUUAAAACUGUUAAUUAAGUAUGAAAAAAGAUAUUGUUGGAAUCUAAUAUAAAUAGAAAGAAAUCAUGGACAAUAUCAAGAAGGGAUAAUAGUUAGUUUUACCUUCUAACAUAAAUUUCACAUAUGGAGGGCUUUUUUACAGUUUAUUUUGGAAUAAUUUUUUAACCACUAUACAUGGGAAUAUAUUAGAACCCCAAAUAUACUUAUUUUAAAAUUAUUGCAAAGAUAUUCAAUUUAAAAAUUAAUAAUAUAGAAUGAAUCAUGACACAGAUAGCUAAGAAAACUAAGAUUUGGAAGUAUUUAACUAAUGUAGAAAAAUAUAAAAUUUUAUGCUUUAUGAACAAGCAAAAUUUUUUAUUUAACAAUGUAAAUAAUCAAAAUAUGGAAAUGCUUAAAUAUUUUCCCUCAUUAUCAAAUAUUUGCUUGAAAAAAUUGUUAUAAAUGAGAAUAAAAUUUCUCUCUUUAAAUAUCCUGAAAUAAAUGUUGAUGUUGAUAAAAGUAAAUUGUUGAAAGAAAUUUAAUUUAUUUAGAAAAGAAUAAACUAGAUAGUUUAAAACGAUAUAGACAUAAAUUUUAUAGAUAACUAAAAUAUAUAUGAAAUUAACAUGAGACAAAAUAUUUUAUUAUAAUGGAAUCAUUUAUUAGUUUAAUAAACCAGAAAAUUAGAGUGGUUAAAUCGUAGUUUUAUUAAAAAAAUGAAAUUUUAUGGUCCGGAAGAAUAUUUAGGUAUCGAAUUUGAGAAAAAAUAAGAAAUCGAAAGUAAGGAAAAUUAAAAAAAGCCUAAAAAUUAAGUUGAAAAAGAAAUCUAAGUUGAUAAAGAUUCUAAAAAAUAAAAACCUCUUCCAAUAAACAAGGUCAUCAAGAAAGAUGAAAAAAUAAAAUCAGUAUAUAAAAAUUUUAAAAGGUUUGUAAUUGAUAACGAUCAGGGUACAACAAUGAAUUAGAUUGAUAAUGAUUUGGAUGUAAACAAUUAAAUUUAAUUAUAAUAAACAUAAUUCCUAGAAAAUUUACCUCUACAGUAGGAACAAUUAGGCAAUGCUUAGAAUGAUUAGCCAAACAAUAAUCAAGAUGAAUAACCAAACAACCAAUAACAACCACAAAAUAUAUAAAAUAUAAAUAUGGCUUAUGGAUUCAGUGAUUUAGACAUUGCUCCUGAUGGAUAAUAACAAGAAUGGAUUUAUGAGAUGUAAUUCCCUGAAAAUUUCUAAUAACAGUAGUAGGUUAAUAUCUAUGGAAUUGCGCCUGUAGAAAAUAUCGUUCCUGAAGGCUAAUAAUAAUAUUGGGUUUAUGAAUUAUAAUUCCUCGAUGAAUAAGAAAUUGAUGAUCAACAUGAGGAAUCAUAAUAAAUAUAAUUACAGUAAAUUUAACAAACUGAAUAGGGUAAUUAGGCUCCGUAAAUGGAAGAAGAAGAAGAAGAAAAAUACGAAGUUCAAUAUAACUUCGACAAUGAUUUCCAUACAUAAAUUAUUUACGGUACCCCUUAUAAUAAUGAAAAUUAUCAAAAUCAAAUGACCUCGUAUCAAGACAGAACUACGAAUUAUAAUUAUAAUAACGAAUUAUAAUAAUAAAAUAAUUUAUGCAUUUCUUAAUUCGAAUUCAAUCCACUAAAUUUUUUGGAUGGUGAUAAUAAAUACGAUUGA